AGGUGAACUAGAAAUACAGGAAGCAGCAGAAAAUCAGACGAAGGUGAAGAACGCUUCACUUCCGCAUUCCUUGGUGUGGUCAUGUCCCGAAUAAAAAAAAAAAAAACGCAAAAGAUGCGCGAUUUCCAAGCAGGCAGCUGAUGAUGAUGAUGACGAAGCCGUCCACCGACCACGAAGAGCAACGACGCCGACAUUUCGAGGCAAGUUUGUGUCAUGAAGUGCAGAAAAGUGUUCAUGGUCGCAGGCGGGCGGGCUGGAUGGAGCGAACCAUUUUGCAGAUGUUUUACUUGUUGCUGCUGCUGAUGUCCUGCUUGCCGCACGGGGGCGCCACAUCCCCAAUAAGUUGCUACAACGACCAGGGAGAGGCCACCGACUGGUUUUACGUAUACAAGCUGCCGAAGGAGCACGGCAACGUUUCGGGUUUGACGUACUUGCUGAUGGAGGCGGGCGGCGCCGGCUGGGCGCCCGGCAAGGGGACCGUCAACGACACGGCGGGCGCCCUGGGCAGCACGCUCGGACAACUCUACUCGCAGGAAAAGAGCACGGAAGUGGCGUACGUCCUUUACAACGAUCAGGAUCGACCGAAAUGGCGUCGCGGCAAAGGAGGACACACGAAAGGUGCGGUGCUGCUGGACAAGCGUCAGGGUUUCUGGCUGCUGCACAGCACGCCCGUCUUCCCCCCGAUGCGCCGGGCGGGAGGCUACAGCUACCCCGACAGCGGCGUCACCUACGGACAGAACUUCCUGUGCGUCACCUUCCCGCUGGAGCGCUUCCACGCCAUCGGCGAGCAGCUGCAGAUCAACCAACCCAACGUGUACGACUGCGACGUCCCGCCGUCCUUCGCGGCGGCCGCGCCGGCUCUGGCCGCCGUCUGCGAUAAAGGCGGCGCGCGUGUCCCGGCCGCCAAUCGCAGCGUCGCGCUGAUGUCCAAAGGCGGCGCCCGCUUCGUCAGCUUCGCCAAGGGGGCCGCGUUCGACGACGACCUGUACCACUCGUGGGUGGCCCCCGCCCUGCAGUCGGACCUCCUGGUGCAGUUCUGGAUCCACUCGGGCGGCAUCCUCCCGUCCGACUGCACGCUGGGCUGGAAGGUUCUGGACAUCACGCGCCUUUCCCCGGGCGGGCUGGCGGCCUACAGCAACAGCAAGGACCACUCCAAGUGGGCCGUCAGCCCGCUGCCGGCGGCGGCGGGCGGAGGCUGGCUGUGCGUGGGCGACAUCAACCGCAACGAGGCGGAGGAGAAGCGAGGCGGCGGUGCGCUUUGUCAGCGCAACGCCGCCGUGUGGAAAGCGUACCGGGCCGCCGCGCUCCAGUACCAGCCGUGCGGGGACCCGGGGAACAAGCGCCUUCAAUUUGCCUAACACUUUUUUAAAAUUAUUUUUUUUUUAAAACAAAUAAUCAAUAUUUCUACGUCAAUUGAAAAAUUCAAUGAAAAUAUUUUAUAUUUGAUUAUAAAAUCUGCUGUUUUCUCUUUAUCUGAAAAAGUGACUUUUUAGUUUUUAUAUUUAACCCCCCACACCAAAAAAACAAAAAACAAAAUCAGAUGUGUGAAAUCAUCUCUGCAAAAACACCACUGGCUUGAGGCGGCCAUCUUCCGUUGAACUCUUGACCCUUGCAAGGGGUGCACACCAAAGCGCAGUAGCCAUACCUGGCCAGUGGGUGGCACGCUAUGCGAUGCGAUGGUCUAUAGGCUUCCACAGUACUUCAAUAAAUACUUCUCAAUUGUAAUAAUCCAUUUCUUUUCAUUUUGACUUUAUUUCUACAGCCAAUCAUCCAAAGUUCUUCACAUGAAAACACAACAGCCAAAAUGACGACAAGCGUUGUCGGCAGAUGUUCUUUUAAUGGGCGGCGUCCAAAAUGUUCCGCUGUGGUAGAAAGUACAUUUGUCGUGUACAAAAAUAGGACAUUUAUUUGCAAUAUUUCCGCGCGGGUGGAGGUGGUGGGCACCUUGUUGAGGAAGGCGCAAAGAAAAGCAUCGCUAGCAGAGCUAGCGUACGUCAUUUAGCUUCACUCGUAUCAGAAUGAUCGGAAUUCGCUCCUCGGCGCCGCGGUCGCCUCAGCCAAUCGGGAAGCUUCAGUGGCAAACGGGCGCGCGCGAGACCUCCGCCGGUCCCGCUGGGACUUUGACUUGGACAUUUCCCAGAGCGUGUUGUGUUGAGACACGAGCGGAAAAAGUUCCGUUUUGCCUCGUUGACUUCAGCACACGUGAUAAUUGGAUAUUUAAAACGCCAUCAAAACCCCAAAAAUCGUCAGGGUAUGGAGAAAAACAAAACAACGUUUUCAGGUAACAAAAAGUUGGAGAUAAUUAUUUGGAUAUGGCCAAAAAAAAAUAAAAAAUAAAAUAAAAUAAAAUAUUCGACAUACAUCAAAAAACUAACACAUUUGGAGACACAUUUCCUCACAAAAAGCUUCGCGACUGACAGCCCAAAUCAAAACUUUCUUUUUCUUCUCCAGCGCAGCUGCUGCUGCUGAUGAUGAUGAUGCUGAUGAUGAUGCUGAUGGGAAGACUUAAAGGAAAAUGUUGCCGUUUCCAACACGUUCCAAAACAAACAAAACAAUUGUAUUUGAUGGCUGCUUUGGGAAAAAGCUUCGCCAUCCCCCCC